UAAUUUAUUUUUAUUUCUAUUAACUUUCAAACUCCAAAACAUACAUAUUUACCCAUACAGCCGAUUUAAAUCAUGAAUUUGGAUACGAAUUUCUCAUGUGGGGAUUUUAUACCAACAGAUACUUCCAGUAGUGUUAAAAUUGGUGGUGACUAUCCCUUUCCCAGAGCACAGCCAGCAUGUGCAGAAUCUGAAGAGAAGAUAUCAAAACAAACUUCAAAACAAUCGUUUGUGCAAUGUCCCUCUGUGAUAAUAUCGAGCUCUUCUUCAUCCUCCCUAAUUAGCAGUGCACUUUUCAAUCAGGAUUGCCGGAAACAAAAAUUAUCCCGCCCCGCAGCACCAAAUAUUGACUAUGAAUUGGCAUUGGCCAAAUCGAUAAUGCAGCAAUACAGCAGUAUUAGUGGCGAUAAUCUUUUCGAUCAUUUAUCGGACAUCAUAAAACGUGUCAUAGACGAGAGGCCACCAAAUGUCAUUGAUUUUUUCGAAGAGUUCAGUCGCAAUGUUCGUGAGCAGAAACUACAUCUCCCCGAACGCUUUCCUCCGAAUGGAGUAUACGAAGAACAUCGUCUAUAUCAGGUGGCAAAGAAACAGCUGAUGUCCAUGAAGUUACCCCAAGUCGAUUAUACCAAACCUGGCAUCUCCGAGGAAGAUCUGGAAGAGGAACUCCAAAAAGAAGAAAACCUAAAACUGGAAUUAAAACCAGAAUUUCCCUAUAAAAUUCGAAUUUUCAAUGAACGUGUUCAAUAUUUACAAUUCUAUUGGAACCAAUGUGGUUUUAGCAUUUCCUCUGAAGAUAUAUUCCAGCUGGCCUGUUCCAUGGAUCGUAUCCAGACACAUCCCUCCAUUAGGCAGUGCCGUUUUUGGGGCAUGAUUAAUGGCCUGAAGUCGUCGUAUUACAUUGUCGAAGCCCUGUUGACAAACGAAGAAAUCGAUUCGAGAUUUCUGCAAAUGCAUAAGGAAAUUGCCGAAAAUCAAUGGAGAAUGCCAGACGAAGUAAAACUACCCUCCCAUAUAGGUCCAGAGCUAAUACCAGGAUCGGUAGGUUGGGAAAAUUAUCCCCACGAUGAACUGGAAAAUAUGAAACCUAAUGCUAUGCCCAUUCCCACUGUGAGGCGCGAAGAACUUUUCGAUAUACCUCCCGAACCCAUAGGUCAGGGAGUUAAUCGUUUUUCAUAUUUUGUGGUGAACUGCCUUUCAGAUGAGUGGAUUGAGCUGCCGAUUUGUACACCCAAACAAAUUGCAGUGUCUCGCCUAAUUAAGAAAUUUUUAACCGGUGAUUUGGAAGCUGAUAUUAUUUCAUAUCCCUGUUUUCCGGGCAAAGAGAAACAUUAUUUGCGGGCAAUGAUUGCUCGCAUUACUGCUGGGACCCAAAUAGCUCCCAAGGGAUAUUAUCGCAAAAUGACGAAAAGUGAGAAAAGACUUUUUGAUGGUAUAGUUGAUGAUGAAAUGGGUGAAGAGGAAGAAGACGAAGGAAAUGCAAGUACCUUUUUUGGCGAAGGAGAAGAUGAGGGAGAUGAAGAACCAGAUAAUGAUAUUGUUUUGGUCAAGAAUGAAAAUUAUAAUCCGUUAUCUUUAAAAACCUUAACCGAAGCCACGCAAUGGCUUCACACAAGGCCCAACAUUUUAAAACAAGGACGUGUUGUUUGGUUCGAUGAGGAAAAGGCAAAACGUGAACGACAGCGGGAACUUAAACGCUUGGAGAAACAACGUGAGCUUGCAGAAAUGGGUUUAGAAGAAGAUAACAACGAAGAAGAAGGCGAUGAAGAGGACAAAAGCGAAGAAACCGAUUCCGAAGAAGGCGGAGAAGAAGAGGAACUUGAAGAACCUGAUUUACGUGAAUAUGGACCAUCGAUAUUGAGUCCUUGUUCUCGAGAUGUAAACCCCGAAAUUCCGGUGCCAUGGGUUGGACGUUUCACCAGCAAUUUUACCAAUAAAAAUGAACGUAUUCUGAUAAUGAGAUCCAAUCUAUGGCCAGGAGCCUUUUCCUUUGCUUUUGAGGAUCUUUGCGAUUCCAUUUAUUUGGGUUGGGGUCAUAAGUAUGUGGCACGUAAUAUGGCAUGGCAACAAAUACCAGAUCCAGCUGAGGAAUAUCCUCAUAUGCCAAUGGAUUUUGUGGAGACCACUGAUCCCAGUGUUGAAAUGGAGGAAGCCUAUCGCCUAAGUUUGCUCAAAAAGGAACUGCAGUUGGUGGAUAUGGGAGAGCAUUUGGGUGAUUAUGAAAAUGAAACUCAUGAAUCUGAGGAAGAAGCAAGUGAUGAUGAUGAGGAAGAAGAAGAAGAGGAGGAGGAGGAGGAGGAGGAAGAAUAAUAACAAACAAAUUUUAGUAGUUACUUAAAUAAAUAAUAAUUUAUUGAUUAAAUACAUUUUUAUAAAAAUAAUAAUAACAAGGAUUUUAUGCUACAAG